UCUGAUUAAAUCUUUGUUUACAUGUAUAUAUUUUAGGUUGUAAAAAAUAUAAAAUAAUUGAUGAUAAAUAUAAUUUCAUCAUAAUAAAUCCAGUGCAUUUAUAAACAUAUUAACAAAAUGGAUUUAUUUUUACUAUUGUGGAAUUUGCUUAUUUACGGUUCUUUUACAGCUGCGGCAAUACUUCUAAUAGUAACUGCAACACUGCUUGUUAUAACAAAGCCAUACCCAGUAGUUACAAAGUAUGAAGAAGAGGAAACUUAUAUGGAUAAGGCAAAAGACAGAAGAUUAAAAUUUCCAGAUAUUAGUGAAAACUACAGUGUGAAUCUCACUGUUGUUGUGCCUGCAUACAAUGAGGAGGAGAGAUUGCCACCAAUGCUUGAUGAAACGGUGGAGUUUCUUGAACAGAGAUUAAAAGAACAUCCCUCAUACAAGUAUGAGAUCAUAGUGGUAAGUGAUGGCAGCAGAGAUAAAACAGUGACAGUAGCAGAAUCAUAUGUACAAAAACUGGGAACUGAUAAGCUUAGAUGUCUAGAGCUUAUAAAAAAUAGAGGGAAAGGAGGUGCUGUAAGACUGGGCGUACAAAGUUCCCGUGGAGCAUUAAUUUUAUUUGCUGAUGCAGAUGGUGCUUCAAAGUUCGAGGAUUUAACAAAACUGGAAGCUGCUGUGAAGAGUUUAGCUAAGUAUGACCCAAUUACACAACCAACUGAAGUUAGUAAUUGUGAUCUCUUAGUUAUAGGCUCCAGAGCACAUUUGGAAGAGGAAUCACUAGCUAAGAGAAGUAUUUUCAGAAAUAUUUUGAUGUAUGGCUUUCAUUUUCUGGUGUGGCUAUUUACUGUAAAAGGUAUCAAAGAUACACAAUGUGGGUUUAAACUGUUCACUAGAACGUCUGCAAGGACUUGCUUCCAAAGCCUACAUGUUAAUAGAUGGGCUUUUGACGUAGAGCUGUUGUACAUAGCACAAAAGUUGAACAUUCCAAUCGCGGAGAUUCCGGUGCGAUGGACAGAAAUCGACGGGUCGAAAGUGACUCCGGUUCUGUCGUGGAUACAAAUGGGCAUUGAUUUAGGCCUUAUAUGGUUAAAAUACACAAUUGGUGCGUGGAAGAUAAAGAGUGAUAAACAUAGAGAGUGAUGCGCUGGUAUAAACCAGUACAAUUAGUCAUGCAUCAUAAAAUUAAACUAUUUAUAAUGUUAUAACUUGCUUGAUAUAAGUACACAUUAGGUAUAAGUUAUAUCCAUCAUAGCAUUUUUAUUCAAUAAAGAGAUAUAAUUAGAAAUUAAGAUGAUUACUGUUUUUUUUUAUUAAUACGAUAUGAUUCUUCAAUGUAGACUAUACAAUGUCGCCGAGUGUAUUCCACCACGCCUCUAUUCCACCUAUUACUGCUGCUACACAUUUGGCCUUAUCAGCUGUGUUUCAGCUUGAAGAGUGAUAUACCAAGGAAAUUACAAAGUACAGAGUCAUUAGAACUAUUUAAUCCUCAGAAUGCCAAUGCAGUAGAGGUACCAUAGGCACCAGAUGAUCACAUGUUCUUGUCUAUGGCUGCCACUUUUCAUUAGGUGGCCCAUCACUUUCCUACCUAUUCUAUUCGUUUAUUAUAUUCGUAUUAAUUAUAAUAUAUAUAUAUAUUAUAAGUAAAAUUUUAAACUUCUCCGACGAAUAUAGAUAAAAUAUACCAAUUUAACCAGAAUGAUACCUUCCACAAAGUCACCCGAAUGGGUGUUUCUUACACACUGAACCAUAUACCACUUGUGUUCCGAU